AUGACGGCCGAGUCUGUCGAGUACGUGUACGCGCUGUACAAUUUCGAUGCAGAAAAUCCCGACGAGGUAAGCUUCCGGAUGGGCGAGCGCGUCCGCAUAGUCGAGAAGGACGACGCAUACGGCGACGGCUGGUACCAGGGCACGAAUGAGCGCGGUGAGACGGGCCUGUUUCCGUUCUCGUACACGACCUACGACGAGUCGGCCGCGCAGAUGAUGGUCACCGGCGCGCGCAGCUCAGCCUCCGCAGAGCCCUCCGCCGCCGAGCCUGGCGUGCUGCACUCGACGAUGAACGACAUUGACCACGCCCUGUCGGAACUCCACAGCCCCCGCACCGGCGACUGGGACGACGAAAACGAGGCGGAGCCAGACUUUGCCGCGCGCGCCGCAGCGCGCGCCGCGCUCGCACGCAACGCGCAAAAGAGCCUGGCGGAGGUCGCCCACGAGCAGGAGGCCGGUGGUGCGUGGCCCGCAGCGAGCGGGCUCGGCGAGCCUGGCAGCAUCUCGAACGCCAGGCAUGUGGGCCUCAGCACGGCGCCCGGCAUCACGCCUCUCGCGAUGCUCGAGAUGAGCGACGAGAGCGAGGACGAAGACGACGCGCCGCAGGCCCUCGGCGCGUCAACGAGCACCGCUGUGCCGCCGCCCGCGCAGCUGGCCGAGACGGUGCCUGAGCCGCCCAGCAAGGCCGAGCCGGCGCAGUCGGUACCCGAGUCGCCCAAGUCGCCGCUCGGCGCUACGCCGCCGGGCCCCUCGUCCGCCGAUGCACUGGCGAUGCAGCCGAUGCAGCCACAGCCUCUCUCGGUGCCAGCGCAGGCCCUCGCGUCGACGGCGCCGGAGCCGGCGCCGGCGCCGAUGCCUGAGCCCCCUGCGCCGAUGACCGCCACCUCGCCGGACGCCGAGGCGCCCACACACCCCGUCGAGGCGUCGCCGGCGCGCCAGGAAGUGAGCAUUCCCGGCGGCUUUGUCGAGCCGCCCAUGCCGGCGCGCGAACUUGCGUGGUCGGGGCCGUCAGUGCCAGAGGCAACGCCUGCUGCACCGCCCGUCUCGGCGCCUGUGCUGAGCGACUCGAAGCCGGCCGCGCUCGACACGCCGCCGCGGCCCGCGACGCUUGGCAGCCCCCCGAGCGGCGCGCCGAGCGGCAAUCCCAUGGCCUGGACGGUCGACGACGUGGUGGCGUGGGCGCGCGCAAAGAACUUUGAUGCGCAGACCAUCGAGAAGCUCGCAGAGCAUGAGAUCAGUGGCGAUGCGCUGCUCGCCAUGGAUAUCCACCUGCUCAAGGAAAUUGAUAUUGUGGCAUUCGGCCGCCGCUUCCACCUGGCGAACGGUAUCAAGGAGCUGCAAGAGCGCGUUGCGCCGGGGCCCGUGUCGCCGACGCCCGUGGCACCGACGCCCGUGGCACCGACGCCCGUGGCGCCGACCCCGCCCAUGGCGCCGACCCCGCCCAUGGCACCGACUCCGCCCAUGGUCCCGCCCUCGCCCAUGGUCCCGACCUCGCCCGUGGCGCCGCCGCCUGCGCCCAAGUCGCCGUGGAACGGGACGGGCGCGGCAUGGACGUCGCCGCAGCCGUCCGCGAGUCCCGUGGUCCGCGAUGCUGUGCCGACGGCGAGCCCCAUGGCGCCGUCGGUGUCGACGGUGCCGGGUCUAGCGCCGCCGGCGUCAUGGGCGUCGGUCCAAACGGCGACGCCCAUGCCGUGGGAAGUCGAGACCGCAGCCCCGAUGCCAAGCACCGCGGCGCCGCAGCCGGUCCCCGAGCCGGUGGCGCCUGCGGCGGCGCCCGAGGUGCGUGCGGCGGAGCCUGAGGCGGUGCCUGCGGCGAAGCGCCAGGUGCCUGUGGCCGCGGGCGAGUCUGUGGAUAUGCCCCUGCCUGCUGUGCCGAGCGCGGAGCGCGAGUCGUGGCACCGCUUCCACCUGCGUCCUGUGCGUGCCAAGUCGACGGCGCGUGCGAAUGGCCCGAACAAGAGCCAGAUCUCGCUGCCGACGUCGAAUGCGCACUUUAUGCCGCCGCCCGCGCCGCCCAAGGACGGGGCGCGUCAGAGCACGGCGCAGGACGCUGUGCUGCAGCGUAUCGGCCCUGUGGACAAGCAGGGAUGGAUCAAGAAGCGUGGAGAGCGGUACAACACGUGGAAUGCGCGGUACCUGGUGCUGCAGGGCCACGACCUACUCGUGCUGCGCGACCCGAAUGCGGAGCGCGUCAAGAGCCACAUCCCGCUGCAGGGCUACAAGGUCAUUUCGGACGAGUCGGCGCCGGGCCGCUACAGCUUCAAGAUCGUGCACGAGUCGCAGCGCACGCACCAGUUCAGCCUGGAGGACCCGGUGGCGCUGCGCAGCUGGAUGAAGGCCGUGAUGAAGGCGACCAUCGGGCGCGACACGUCGCAGCCGGUGAUUUCGUCGUACAGCAACCCAACGAUCUCGCUCGAGGAGGCGCAGCGCCGCCGCCCCCGCCCGCCGAGUCCGUCGACGCGUCAACGCUCGCAGCUCGAAGUCGCGCGCGAGAGUGCCGAGCUGCAGGUGGCGCGGGAUAUGGCCGCGUACGGACCGGGCAACGACCUGGUAUAG